AUGUUCAACGUCAAUUCAAAACGAUCUUAUGUCCCUCUUCCCUCAUCAUUUGCUUCUACUUCAUCUUUCCCUAACCAAAGUAUUCUUCCUUUAAUUCAAAUCACUGAAAAACCUGAUCCAGAGUCAGAUCCUCCACUGUUGACAGAAGAACGACCUCAAUGGCUUCGAUGGAUAUUGAAUUUUCUUAGACAAAUCAAAACUUCCAUCUCUAGAAUAUCCCCUAGAAUCAGACUUUUGUUAUUUUCCAUGAUUAUCUUUUCUAUCAUUUUAUCCAGCCAACAUAGAAUAUCUUCUUCCAAAAUUGGUCUACGUCCUUCCAAACCAACCUCAUAUUCGGGAUCAAGCACAAGCUCAAGCUCAAGCUCGAUGUUAGGAAUAGAAAAUGAAUCAGAAGUUAAAGAAGCUUAUGUGACAUUUCUCUCACCUGGGGAUGAUAAUUAUUUCACUUCUGUUAGACUUAUAGUUUUCGCUUUGUUACAUGAUCCAAUAACACUUGAUCCUGCUACUUCUUCUUGUCCACCUCUUCCUUCUUCUUCAAUAUCCUCAGCUACCACGGCCAUUUCUGAAAAUUCUCUUACUUCAGAUGAUAAAAUCGAACUUGCCCCAAUCCCUCGUUCUUCCACUUCAAACUCAGAAGUAGAUAUGUCCCGACGUAGAUAUAUUCCAGAACUAGAUCCUACAUCUCAUUCAGCACCACUAGAACCACCCACAAAACGCUCUUGGUGGCCUUUUUCAUCUUCAUCAUCACAUCAACCGAAAUGUGGUCCAAGACGCGAUAUAGUAGUCCUCACUUCACCUAAUGUACCAAAACAUCAAAUUUCCACAUUACAAAAUGAAGGUGCUAUUAUAAUCCCUUCUCAAGAUCUUGAAAAAGGUUCAAUAGAACAUAUGCCAGAACAUUGGAAACAUGCUUUAACAAAAUUAGCUGUAUUCAAUAUGACUCAAUAUGAUCGUCUACUCUUACUUGACGGUGAUAUUUUUCUCAAUCUCGAUUUGAGAGGAGUAUGGGAAGAUGAACAUUCUUGGCCUAAAUCAGGUUUAGCUGCUACUGGUGAUGGUGGAGCUGGAUUUGGUGGUUGGCAUGAAGUACCACAAAGUAAUGAAGGUGAUUUCAAUAGUGGUUUCAUGAUUGUCAUACCUAAUCGAACGACUUUUGAGGAAUUGUUAAAGGUGGAGGAUUAUGAUCAUGGUUGGGCUGAUCAGAGAAACACAGGGGAAGGGAUGGGGAGAGGUUUACUUAACGUUUAUUUCCACCCGGAAGGUCCUCAUCCAUGGGAACAAUUAGAUCACAAGUGGGUAGGAAAUUAUCCCGGGGUACGGGAAUUAGAAUAUGGCAUUAACGCGUUACAUGAGAAAUUAUGGAGAGGAUCAGAUAGGAAUGAUUUACCUGAAGAACUUAGAAGUCUUUGGGAAAGAAGAGUAGGUAGAAUGGAAGGAUAUUGGUUAUCCCAUAGGCCUAUUGGUCUUUAA